AUGUCGGCAACACUACCGGAAACCAUAUCCCGCAUCCAACUCUUUCAACUCUCGCCCUUUUUGCUCCAUGCUUAUUAAUAUCAAUACUUGUCCGUGACGGAUAACCGCCUCACAUGCCGAAUAUUUGUGAGCUUGUGUGUGUGCAUGUGUGUGUGUGUUUCUCUGCCCGUUUAUCCACUCAUCACAGCAUGGGAGGCUAGACCAAGACCGGCUCCCCGACGAGCCGCUCGCCGCUACUGCUGUAUCCUGAAAACUUUUCUUCCUUCCUAUUGAUUUUAGAUAGACGGGGGUGGAGAAAUACGCACAUGUUACAUGUUUGAACCCUGCAUCCCAUUCCGCCGCCCGUUCAUGGAUCGACAGGUGAGUCAUCUGGACCGUCCACACGAUGCUCUGGCAUUGCCUGCCCCGUGGGACGCUGGCCAGGUCGCCAGCCACGAUGAUAUCGUGAGCUUUCUGUGGCUGCGUCUAUCCAUCGGCAAUCCCCUCGCUGGCCCCUAAUCCUAGUCGGACUACCUAAUCGCUAGAAGCCGCCAGCCAAUCCCGCCGGCCUUGUCCAAGGUACCUCUCUCCCUACAUUGUCGGCAGGGACUCUCUGCGUAUAAGUCGACCACGGCGCAUCCCACAUCUCUUCGCUGACCGCCCCCCUCCCCUCCCUCUUUAUUAUCUGUUCUCCUCUUUCUCCCUCCUCUCUCACGUCUAGGACCGGCCGGUUCUUCCACCAACACCCGCAAUGGACGCCACGAUGCUCCGGACCCUGGUCGAGGUCGAAUCCCGCGACCGCGACGCCGGGUCUCCUCCCCUCCUCCCCGCCGCCCCGGCCAAGGCGGUCCCUCGGACCUACCCGGGCGCGCCCCACCGCGACGAGUCCUCGAUCGAGCUCUCGCGCCUCAGCAACACAGCCGACGACCGCCAACACAACAGCCACAAUGUCGGCGGCAACACCGCCAAUAAAGCCGGCGCCCCUCCGUCUCGCCCUACGUCGCCGACGUCGGCCCCCGACGUCGAGAUGAGCCGGCCCCCAAGCCCGGCCGCCUUCGAGGUCCUGCAGAGCAUCUCGGACCCUUACAUGAACCGCUACCGUCUGGCGGCUGCGUGCCUCAUGAACUUUGGUAACGGUCUGAACGACAGCGCCCCGGGUGCUCUGAUCCCCUACAUUGAGAAGCACUACGACAUUGGCUACGCCAUCGUCUCCCUCAUCUUCAUCGGCAACGCCCUGGGCUUCAUUUUCGGCGCCGCCUUCCUUGAGUCCCUGCGCAUGCGCCUCGGCCGCGCCCGCCUCCUCGCGCUGGCCCAGACCGUCAUCACGAUCGGCUACGCGCCCAUCCUCGCCCGCGCCCCCUUCCCGCUCGUCGUCGUCUCCUUCUUCCUGCUCGGCUUCGGCAUGUCCCUGACCCUCGCCGUCAACAAUGUCUUCUGCGGCUCCCUGCGCCAGGCCACCACCGCCCUCGGCUUCAUCCACGGCGCCUACGGCGUCGGCGGCACCGUCGGGCCCCUCAUCGCCACCGCCCUCGUCACCGCCGCCCGAGCAAGCUGGAGUACAUACUACGUCAUCCCCCUGGGCCUGGCCGUCUUCAACGGCGCCUUCGCCACCUGGUCCUUCUGGCGCUACGACGCCGACCUCCCCGCGCCGUCCCGGCCGGACACCGCUGCCACCGCCGCCGCCGUCGACUCGGGCACCCAUCUCCUCAGCAUGUUCCACGCCCUCAAGGCGCGCGUCGUGCUGCUGGGCGCGCUCUUCAUCUUCGCCUACCAGGGCGCUGAGGUGUCCAUCUCGGGCUGGGUCAUCUCCUUCCUCAUCGCCGUGCGCGGCGGCGACCCGGACUCGGUCGGCUACGUGACGGCCGGCUUCUGGGGCGGCAUCACCAUCGGCCGGCUGUGCCUGUCGCACCCGGCCCACCGCGUCGGCGAGAAGCUGUUCGUCGUGCUCGCCACCGUCGGCGCUACCGUCUUCCAGCUGCUCGUGUGGUGGGUGCCCAACGUCGUCGGCCCCGCCGUGUCCGUCGCCAUCGUCGGCCUGCUGCUGGGGCCCAUCUACCCGUGCGCCGCCGCCGUUUUCAUGAGGGGCAUGACGGGCCACGAGAGGUCCAGCGGCAUGGGCGUCAUCAGCGCGUUCGGCAGCUCGGGCGGCGCCGUCGCGCCCUUCACGACGGGUAUCCUCGCGCAGGCGGCCGGCACGUGGGUGCUGCACCCGAUCGCCAUCGGGCUGUUUGCCGUGAUGAUGGUGUCGUGGUACGGUGUGCCGCACGGCAGGAAGAGGUCCGAGUAAGGGAGGAAUCCUAGUGAGAAAUCAAAGCGACAAUGGGGAGACUGGCGGGUGGACCUGAGUGGUCAAAAGCAGGUUGCAUUCCCUACGUCUUGCUGUGAGUAUGGUUACGAACGGGGCGGUAUGGCAAGCAAUUGGAACACGCAACGAGUCGUUCGUCCGCAGAGGACGCACGAAAGGCUUGAUGAAUUGGUGGAAACCCCAAAGGGCAUCGGUGAAUGGUAUCGAUCUCGUCG